UACAAAUUUGCUACGGAUUGCUGUGAUAGUGUGAUGUCACUAUCAAAACGAGGCUCUUCCUGAGAGCAAGGAAGAAAUGCUAUGCGAAGCGGUCAGCAAGACCUUUAAGGGAAAUUACUCAUACCGUUUCCAAGAAAUUUGUAUUGGGGUUCUUUCAUUAUGCAACUCGAAGUCUUUGAAAGAGGGUGUGUGUGUUCACAGCCCAAUAAUCAAACUGGGUCUUCAAGAUGACUUCUAUUUGAACAACAACUUGUUAUCUCUCUAUGCUAAAUGCUUUGGAGUGGACCAUGCACGCCACUUCUUCGAUGAAAUGCCUUACAAGGAUGUGGUAUCCUGGACUGGGAUUCUCUCUGCUUAUGUUAGAAAUGAAAACCACGAGCAGGCACUUGAGUUGUUCGGUUCAAUGAUUAGUUUCGGUCAUUAUCCGAAUGAGUUCACAUUAUCAAGUGUCUUGAGGUCAUGUUCUGCCAUAGGGGAGUUUGAAUGUGGAACUCGUAUUCAGGCCUAUAUGGUAAAGAAUGGGUUUGAUUCAAAUCCAGUUUUGGCAAGUGCUUUGAUUGGCUUGUACUCUAAGUGCGGUUUUAUUGAAGAAGCAUAUGCAAAUUUUGCAUAUAUGGGUCGCGGUGAUACUAUUUCUUGGACAACGAUGAUAUCUUCGUUGGUCCAAGCUCAUAAAUGGAGUCAGGCUUUACAACUUUAUAUACGUAUGGUUGAGGCAGGACCGGCAGGUGUACCUCCGAAUGAGUUCACUUUCGUGAAGCUUCUUGCUGCAUCCAGUGCUCUUGGUUUGAGUUAUGGCAAAUUAGUUCAUGCCCACAUGAUAUUGUUAGGAAUUGAGCUGAAUGUGAUUUUGAAGACAGCUCUUGUUGAUAUGUACUCAAAGUGCCAGAGAAUGGAAGAUGCUGUCAAGGCCUUAAAUCAGACACCUGAACGUGAUGUGUUUAUAUGGACUACUAUUAUAUCUGGUUUCAUUCGAAAUAUGAAGGUUAGGGAGGCCAUUGCUGCAUUACAGGAGAUGGAGAUGUCUGAAACCGUACCUAAUAAUUUUACUUAUUCAACUAUACUGAACGCUUGCUCGUCAAUUUUAUCACUGAAAUUGGGGAAACAGGUCCACUCACGGGUGAUUAUGGCUGGCUUGAAGGAUGAUAUUUCUGUUGGAAAUGCAUUAGUUGAUAUGUAUAUGAAAUUUGAUAUGUAUAUGAAAUGUUCCAACCUAAUAGAAGAUGCUUUGAGAGUGUUUAGAGUGAUGACCUCACAAAAUGUCAUCACUUGGACUUCUCUGAUUGCUGGUUUUGCUGAGCAUGGUUUUGCACAAGAUUCUUUUCAGUAUUUUGAGGAGAUGAGAGCAGUGGGGUUGAAACCAAAUUCAUUUACUCUCUCUAGCAUGCUUGCUGCUUGCAGUACAAUAAAAUCUCAUUUUCAAACAAGAAAGCUCCAUGGAUACAUAAUUAAAACUAAAGCAGACCGCAAUUCAGUUGUGGGGAAUGCUCUUGUAGAUGCUUAUGCUGGAUUGGGGAUGGUGGAUGAUGCAUGGUGUGUGAUUAGAAACAUGAGUCACAGAGAUGCCAUCACAUACACGAGUUUAGCCUCAAGAAUGAAUCAGAUGGGCCAUCAUGACAGGGCAUUAAACAUCAUCAGGCACAUGAACAAUGAUAAUGUUAAGAUGGAUGGAUUUAGCCUGGCCAGCUUCUUAUCUGCAUCAGCCGGUUUGGGCUCAACGGUAGCCGGGAAGCAACUACACUGUUUUUCCGUGAAAUCUGGCUUAGGCUGCUGGCUUUCAGUCUCAAAUAGCCUAGUUGACAUGUAUGGAAAAUGCGGCUGCAUACAUGAUGCACAUAGAGCUUUUAGGGAAAUAAAUGAGCCAGAUGUUGCAUCAUGGAAUGGGUUGAUAUCUGGAUUGGCAUCAAAUGGUAAUAUCUCAUCCGCUCUCUCUGCCUUCGAAGAUAUGAGGUUAGUCGGAGUCAAACCGGAUUCAGUUACAUUCUUGGUAGUGCUCUUUGCUUGCAGUCAUGGUGGUUUAGUGGACUUGGGUCUUGAGCAUUUUCAUUCUAUGAGGGAUACACAUGGUAUAGCACCACAAUUGGACCACUAUGUUUGCUUAAUUGAUCUCCUUGGCCGAUCCGGUCGGCUAGAGGAGGCAAUGGGAGUGAUGAAGAGUAUGCCUUUCAGGCCAGAUGCUUUGAUAUACAAAACAUUAUUGAGUGCCUCCAAAUUACAUGGGAAUGUACCUCUUGGGGAAGAUAUGGCAAGGCAAGGUCUCAAUCUUGACCCAUCUGACCCAGCUUUCUAUAUGCUGCUUGCAAACUUGUAUGAUAGAUCAGGCCGGUCUGACUUAGGCGAGAAAACUCGCAGGCUGAUGAAAGAGAGAGGUUUGAGGAAGAGCCCUUGCCAAAGCUGGAUGGAGAUACGAAACCAGGUUCAUCUCUUCACUGCAGGGGACAGAUCACAUCCACAAAUCAACGAAAUUAAUGAGAAAAUAGGAUCACUUAAAGCUGAAUUCCAGUGUCGGGGAUAUAUAUAUCGAGACAAUGGAGAUGCAUAUUAUCACAGUGAGAAGCUAGCUGUUGCCUUCGCUCUUCUUAGUACACCGUCAAAGACCCCAAUACUUAUAGUCAAGAAAUUACGUGUUUGUACGGAUUGCCAUGACUUUGUAAUGCUUGUAACACAAGUGGUUGAUAGGGAAAUUAUUGUAAGGGAAGGGAACCGAAUCCAUUCCUUCAAGAAGGGUGGCUGCUCAUGCAGAGGCCACUAGUAGUUGUCAUCAGGAAAGGAAACUUUUCGUGACUUUCUUGUGUAUG